AUGAGCUCCUCGUUUUCUCAUGCGGGUUCGGACCGUCCAACUUCGGUGGUGGUGGCUGAGCCAUCCGCUCGCCCUACCUCACAUAGACAAGUCUCCUCUACCGUCGUAGAAAGACACUUUGCUGGGGUGUCAUCGUCCAACCCACAGCGUCCGGCCGCUUCCGCAGCCCUCUUUGACUUCGACUCCGCCGGAGCAGAUGGUGACUCCAGUGGGAGCGGAGGUAGCGGCAGUGGUGGGGUUGGCGCUGGAGUAGUUGGUGGGGUUAGUCAUCCCGCUUCCGCCUCAGUUACUCCUAUCACCGCCACCCCUGUGCUCCCAAAUGGCCCAGAGAGGCCCCCUCCCACCGGUGCUGGCGGUAACCCCCCGACUCCUACUAACUCCAUGGAUCUCGUUAGUCUUUUCGAGUGUCCUGUCUGCAUGGACUUCGCACUGCCUCCGAUUUUGCAGUGUCAAAGUGGUCACAUCGUCUGUGCCAGUUGUCGCAGCAAACUCUCCUCUUGUCCCACUUGCCGCGGAAAUCUGGAAAACAUCCGCAAUCUGGCAAUGGAGAAACUGGCCGCUAGUAUUCUCUUCCCCUGCAAGUACGCUCUAACUGGCUGCGCGGAGACUUUCCACUACACCGUAAAGGCGGAACAUGAAUCUGUCUGCGAGCAUCGCCCCUACAGCUGCCCCUGCCCGGGCACCUCGUGCAAAUGGCUUGGCCAACUCGAUCAGGUCAUGCCUCAUCUUCUGCAGAGCCACAAAAGCAUUACCACAUUACAAGGCGAGGAUAUUGUCUUCUUGGCGACCGACAUCACCUUGCCUGGGGCCGUUGACUGGGUGAUGAUGCAGUCGUGCUUCGGGCAUUACUUCAUGCUUGUGCUGGAAAAGCAAGAGCGAGUGUCUCCCGACCAGUUUUUCUUCGCCCUCGUCCUCCUUAUCGGAACUAAAAAACAGGCUGACCAGUUCGUGUACAAGCUAGAUCUGACGGCUUCCACACGGCGCUUGACAUGGGAGGCGACGCCGCGGAGCAUUCACGACGGUGUGCAAGCGGCGAUCGCCAUUUCUGACUGCCUUGUUUUCGACUCCAACAUGGCUCAACUAUUCGCAGAUAAUGGCAGCCUCGGCAUCAAUGUGACCAUCUCUCGCGCACGCGUUAACGGUAGCGGCGGUGGUGGAACGAGCGCUUCCGGUACCGGUUCUGCCAGCGGAGGUUCUGCCCCGACGUGGGGUUGA